UCCCUGUUCUUUAGACUGGAGAGCAUUUAAGCAGAGGCUGACCUCCAACACACAGCUUGUGGAGUUCAACUAUGUCUAUUUUCAGGACUGUUUUAAAUGACUCUGUCAUCAUUCAUCCUCCAGGCUUCUAUAUCAUUGCAUUUCAGACAUUUCCCUUCAUCAGUGUCUAUUUCAUCUUUCUGGCAUUUGUCUAUGUGGUUACAGUGCUGUUCAACUGUUUGGUGAUCUGUGUAAUUGUCUUUAAUCAUUGUUUACACACUCCAAAGUUUCUGGCUGUUGUCAAUCUCGCAGUAAUUGAUAUAGUCCUUAACACAUGCCUUAUUCCCAACAUGAUAAAAGCAUUUCUUGUCAAGGACAACUUCAUUCCAUUCAACUUGUGUUUGGUACAAAUGUUUGUCUACUAUGCUUUUGGGACUUUGGAGUCAUAUGCACUUGCUAUACUUGCCUAUGACAGGUUGAUUGCAAUAUGUUUCCCUCUGCGUCACAACUCUGUCAACACACUGCGGAGCAUGUCUUGUAUUGUUGGCCUGUCUUGGGCUUUUGCUUUGGGAAUCAUUGCAUUUGCCGUGGCUAUAAUGACUCGACUGUCUUUUUGCCAAUCCCUCAAAGUGUUCAGCUAUUUCUGUGACUAUGCACCUGUGUUUAGACUCGCCUGUAAUGAUAACACAAUGCAGUGGUCUGUGGCCAAUUUUCUUACUUUCUUGCUCCUUGUAGGACCCUUUACUUUUAUUCUUCUGUCAUAUACGAGCAUCCUGGUGACUGUAUUCAGGAUGAAAUCUUUAGACAGUCGAGUCAAAGCUUUGGCUACUUGUGCUGAGCAUAUCAUCCUUGUUGCUGUAUUUUACAUUCCUCUCAUUACCAUUUUUACUAUAGGGUUUAAUCUGCGUUUAACUGACCCAGACCAGCGUGUGCUGAGCCUGUCACUGGCCUCUUGUAUCCCACCCUGCAUCAAUCCUAUUGUAUAUUCUUUGAAAACUAAAGAGAUCAAAAUCAGAGUCCUGGCGCUGGUAAGGAAAACUAAAAUUGGUACAGACCAACAAAAGAACAAACCUUGGAGGGUUAAUAAAAGAUCGCAUAAGUUCAGGUAG